UAAAGAGAUUGUAAACAACUAGCUUACAAUGGUGCAGACGACUUUUGGCGAAGAAAACGACUAAAUCAGGGAAAAAUGGAAUGUACGCCAGCAGUUGCAGCACUAUGUGAAAAUUCAAAAGAAAUCUUCCUAGAUGUAUGCAAGUUGUUACUUACAUACGCCGACAAUAUUUUAAGCAAUCCCAAUUUGGAAAAAUAUAGAUCAAUCCGCAUUGACAGUCCUACUUUUUCUACCAAACUGCUGCCAGUCAACGGUGCGGUGGAAUGUCUCUUUGAGAUGGGCUUUGAGGAGGCUGACACUCACCUGGUGUUUCCCAAAUCUGCAUCAGUGGAGCAUCUAAAGGCCAUCAGGGAGUCCAUUGCCGCUGAAAGAGAUCAGAGACUACACGGAAGGCAGUCUGUCCACCUUACGACUUCUGCAGAAAACCAGACUUCAUCUAGUCAGCCAAGUUCAUCACCUCCACCACAGUUAUCAUCUUUGACGAGCAGCAAGGACUUGUUGGUGACAAUUCAGUCUAACUUCCGGCACGUGCUGCUGUACGAGAAUCCUGGACUGCAGCAGAAAGCCAGAAGCUACAUCCCUUGUAGCCAGCUGUUCUCUGCUGCUAAGCGGAAGCUGGAAGUAGCUAAAGAGGUUGACUCAGAAUGCAAACUGGGAAAAGAGGACUUCCUCGUGCUGGAAUUGCUGAGUUGGUUCAAAAAUGACUUCUUCUCCUGGGUGGACUGUUUGCCCUGCAGCCACUGUGGAGGCCAGACCCAGAAUACUGGCUCACUCAGUCCCACCGCUGACGAUCUGCACUGGGGAGCCCAUCGAGUGGAAGAGCACCACUGUCAGAGCUGCCAGCAGUCCACCAGAUUCCCGCGCUAUAACAACCCAGAGAAGCUGCUGGAAACCAGGAGGGGGCGUUGCGGGGAGUGGGCCAACUGCUUCACCCUUUGCUGCAGAGCGCUUGGCCUGGAGGUCCGGUACAUCUGGGACAGCACAGACCAUGUAUGGACAGAGAUUUACUCGAUAUCCCAGCGCCGUUGGCUGCACUGCGACUCAUGUGAGAACAUCUGUGAUAAACCUCUACUGUAUGAAGUUGGCUGGGAGAAGAAACUCUCCUAUAUCCUGGCUUUCUCCAAGGACCAGGUGAUUGAUGUGACGUGGAGGUAUUCCUGCAAGCAUUCAGAGGUUUUGUCAAGAAGAACCAGUGUUUCGGAGGCCUGGCUGCUCCAGACCAUUAUCGAGAUGAAUGCCUUGAGACAACAAACAUUCAGUGCAAACAAGAAGAGGGAACUGGCAGAACGCUUAAUUGUCGAACUUGUCGAGUUCAUUUCCCCCAAAACACCCAAACCGGGCGAGCUGGGAGGACGGAUCUCCGGGUCUAUGGGAUGGAGGAUAGCGAGGGGAGAGACGGGAAAUGCUGAUACACGGACUACCAAACAGGAUGCAGGUUUUGUGUUCAUGCUGACCGAGAAAGAGAGGGGCGACAAGCUACUUCACGUUUUCUACAACGCCACCAAAGAUCAAUACUGUCGAGUGUCCAAUGACUCGGAGGUCAUCCACGGCUGGGAUGGAUGUGUGUGGAAGAAGGAGUCUGUGUUCAGGAAGGUGGAAAAUGAUUGGCAGAUGGUAUACAUUGCUCGAACUGAAGGCUCCUCUACCGGACAAAUGAGCUGGAAAUUUGACUUUGCGCCAGCAAAACUGACAAUAAAAUCUGUGUCAAUCAGAGCCAGCAGCCAGACUUUCCAUUCUGGCAAAGUCAGCUGGCUUCUGCAAUCCGGCCCCAUGACAACAGAGUUUUCCGGAGAUGGGAGCAUGCAGUCGUUCCAGAGUCUAAACGCUUCUUCGGAGUUGAUUGUCACAGCGCAGCUCAGCGGUGGGGAUGGAGACGCGUCGUGGCAGCACUCUCAGCUGUUCAGGCAGAGUUUGAAGGAGACUGGAGAAUCCUCCUUUGAGGUUAUCAUCUACCUGCAGAACAUGUAAAGAUGAAGUCUAUCAGUCUAUUUAUGAUUAUUGUCUUUCGGUUGCAAAUACAGUUGGUGGAUUUAUGUUAUGGAGACAUGAACUGGAAUACAGAACAGUCUAAAAAAUAGCAUAUACUUGUACUCUCGUUUAGUAAUGUGAAUUGUACAAUAGUAUUUAAUGAUUGAAAUACUAUUGCGCUGCAAUUGUGUUAUUUGUCUUUAAUGUGUGUUCUAUUUUGUUGUAAAUAUUUAGACUUUAUUGUGUUAAUAAAAACUAUCUUCUUCGCUU